AUGGAAGAAAUUGAACGGCUUAAGGAUGAAAUCCAUGGUUGUGAUGAGAAUGUCCAGAACCAUAGAUCGAAUAUUACUUCUAUGGAAUCUCAAAUUGCCCAGUCACGUGAAGGGUUUAAUAUUUAUAAAGAAAAGAGAGAUAUGCUUAAUGACAAGAGGAAGUCUUUAUGGAACCAAGAAAAUGAAUUAACUGCUGAAAUUGAUAAACUGCGAGCAGAAGUUGAAAAGGCUGAAAAGAGUCUUGAUAAUGCAAUUCCUGGUGAUGUUAGAAGAGGGUUGAAUUUAGUUCGGAAGAUCUGCAAAAGUUAUAACAUUUCGGGAGUUCAUGGUCCAAUUAUUGAGUUGUUGAACUGUGAUGAAACUUUUUUCACCGUAGUUGAAGUGACUGCAGGAAACAGGUCUCCCUGUAAUUCUUUGAAUAAACAUGUUUGA